CACCCCCUCGUCCCCCGCCCCAUCCACGCCACGUCGCCCUCCGCCCUCCAAAUAAAGUAAACGCGGGCGGUGACAGGAGGGCCACCACCGAAUACUCCCCCGCCGCAUCCGCUCGCUAUUAAUCCCAUCGCCGCCCCCCGCUCGAUCCCCUCCGCCUUCUUCGCCGCCACCGGAGCCGGGCCUGCCUCCUCUCUCUCUCUCUCGUUCAGGGUCCGGGGAGAGGAGAAGGGAGCCGGGCGCCAUGGGGUUCUGGGAGGCCUUCCUCAACUGGCUUCGCAGAAAAGGUUUUAAUUGAGCGUGCUGGCCAAAAUCGACCAUUGUUGGGGAGAUUGCAGCACAUGAAAUUUGUGAAGAUCACUUGUUCAAAACGGAAAAGGGGAUGAUUUAGUCAGUGACAUGUUUUGUGAUGUCUUGUAAUUCUGCGAGCCUCUUCUUCAAGCAAGAGAUGGAGCUUUCCUUGAUAGGGCUCCAAAAUGCUGGGAAAACAUCACUUGUGAAUGUCAUUGCUACCGGUGGCUUUAGUGAGGAUAUGAUUCCUACUGUAGGAUUCAAUAUGAGAAAGGUAACCAAAGGAAAUGUCACAAUAAAAUUGUGGGAUCUUGGAGGCCAGCCAAGAUUCCGGAGCAUGUGGGAGAGAUACUGCCGUGCAGUUUCUGCAAUUGUGUAUGUUGUUGACGUGGCAGAUCGAGAAAACAUGGCCAUUGCAAAAGGCGAGCUCCAUGACCUCCUGAGCAAACCAUCUUUGACUGGGAUCCCGUUACUAGUCAUUGGCAAUAAAAUUGACAAGCCUGAAGCUUUCCCUAAGCAAAGCUUCACUGAAGUCAUGGGCUUAAAGACAAUCACUGACCGAGAAGUGGCAUGCUUCAUGAUAUCAUGCAAGAACUCGACCAACAUUGAUUCCGUCAUUGACUGGCUGGUGAAGCACUCAAAAAAGAAGAAUUGAUCUAAGUCUGUAACUCUUGAAGCGUGCUCCAGUUUCUCUCUUUUUGCAUGUCGCCUAGCAUUGGGGCUGUAAAUUAUGCAAGAGGUAUUGAUCAGGGAUGUUGUGUUCAUAAUUUUGUUGGUAGACUACGUUUGGUGUGCACGCGCGUGCUCUGUUACAACUUACAGAAGGCUGCCCUCUGUUUCAUAUUUGCUUGGUCAAUUUGAGCAGUGUGGUUUGUUUCACAUUGUUUACUUGAAGAUCAAACAAAACUGAAUGAAGUGUUGUUAA